GGGGAGAGGAAGAGUGGUAGGGGGAGGGAGAGAGAGAGAAAGAGUUUCCAAACUUGUCAACCCUGAUGACAUGAGACAUUUACGCUCCACAAGAUAAAACUGACAGUUAGAGCCCAGGAGAGCUAAACCCUCCUGGUUGGGCUGGGGGCUCAAGCAGAGUCAUGGGUUCUCCGGCCCUGUGGCUGUGUGCUCUCUUCUGCCUGGUGGCUCACUGGGCUUCUGGCAGCCCCAUCAUGAGCCUUGAGCAAUCGCCUCUGGAAGAAGACAUGCCCCUCUUCGAUGAUGUCUUCUCAGAGCAAGAUGGUGUCGACUUUAACACGUUGCUGCAGAGCAUGAAGAAUGAGUUUCUCAAGACAUUGAAUCUGUCUGACAUCCCAACACAUGAUUCCACCAAGGUUGACCCACCAGAGUACAUGUUGGAACUCUACAACAAAUUUGCAACAGAUCGGACCUCCAUGCCAUCUGCCAACAUCAUUAGGAGUUUUACAAAUGAAGAUCUGUUUUCCCAACCAGCCAGUUUUAAUGGGCUCUGGAAAUAUCCUCUCCUCUUCAAUGUGUCAAUACCUCACCAUGAAGAGGUCAUCAUGGCUGAACUCAGAUUGUACACCCUGGUGCAAAGAGACCGCAUGAUAUAUGAAGGAGUGGAUAGGAAAAUCACCAUUUUUGAAAUACUAGAGAACAAACAGGACAGAGGAGCUGAAAGAAGCAUGCUAGUUUUGGUGUCUGGGGAGAUCUAUGGAACCAACAGUGAGUGGGAGACAUUUGAUGUCACAGAUGCCAUCAGACGUUGGCAAAAAUCAGGCUCAUCCAUUCACCAGCUGGAAGUCCACAUUGAAAGCAGACAUGAAGAACUUGAGGACUCUGGCAGGGGACAAUUGGAAAUAGACACCAGUGCCCAGAAUAAGCAUGUACCUUUACUCAUUGUGUUUUCUGAUGACCAAAGCAGUGACAAGGAGCAGAAGGAGGAACUGAAUGAAAUGAUUGCUCAUGAACAACUUCUGGAGCUUGACAACCUGGGCCUGGAUGGUUUUUCCAGUGGCCCUGGGGAAGAGGCUUUGCUGCAGAUGAGGUCGAACAUCAUCUAUGACUCCACUGCCCGAAUCAGAAGGAAUGCCAAGGGAAACUACUGCAAAAGGACCCCACUCUACAUUGACUUCAAGGAGAUUGGGUGGGACUCCUGGAUCAUUGCUCCACCUGGAUAUGAAGCCUAUGAAUGCCGUGGUGUUUGUAACUACCCCCUGGCAGAGCAUCUCACACCCACAAAGCAUGCAAUUAUCCAGGCUUUGGUCCACCUCAAGAAUUCCCAGAAGGCUUCCAAAGCAUGCUGUGUGCCCACAAAGCUAGAUCCCAUUUCCAUCCUUUAUUUAGACAAAGGCGUUGUCACCUACAAGUUUAAAUAUGAAGGCAUGACAGUCUCUGAAUGUGGCUGUAGAUAAGAGUCCUAUGGCUUAUUUAACAACUGUAAAUGUGUAUAUUGUGUUCCUAUUUAAUGAGAUUAUUUAAUGAGGGUGUACAGAUAAUAUAGGCUUACUGCCUUAGGGGAAUGAACAGGCCGGUUUGCUGUAGGAAAUGCAUAUUUU